AUGCUGUUCGGCACCGGCCAUCGUGUGGUCAUCACCCAGGUCUCCCUAUACGGUUCUCUGCCGUGUAAAUUAGUGCAUGUUGUAUUGACAGCAUCCAUUAAUCCCAUGGCCCGGCCUCCACCAUACACACGAGUGGACGUCAAAUCCCUUCUGAAAAUUUUCAAAAGGUAUUUGUAUUUCAAAUUCGUUCGUAUUUACCUUAGUUCGGACAAAGAUGGCAACGGGCGAAUCGACGCAAAUGAGCUCCAGUCCGCAUUGAGCAACGGUGUUCACUUACCGUUCAAUAUCAACACGGUAAGCAUGAUGAUGAAGAUGUUUGAUCGAGACGGCAGUGGUGGCAUCGAAUUCAACGAAUUUGCCGCGUUGUACGAUUACGUAUACAAGUGGAAAACUUGUUUCCAGCGCUACGACACCGACCGGUCAGGGGCGAUCGACGCUCAAGAAAUGCAAGUCGCACUACGCUCCUUCGGGUAUGAUUUGUCACACCCGUUCGUAUGUCAGAUGCUUCGACGGUUUGACAGAACCACUCGUGGUUGCAUCGCGUUCGACGACUUUAUUUAUGCUUGCGUGUGCUUGCAUUACCUGACCGAUGCAUUCCGUCCGUACGAUCACAACAGGAACGGUUGGGCUGAAAUGAACUUCGAACAAUUUCUUAUGGCUGCACUGUCCAUCAUUGUGUGAAUUACUGGCACUGUUUAACCGCGAUUCCCCCAGCAAUGGGUUUCUGGCUGAGUGUGCUGGCUUACUCUGACGGAGUCUUUUCACUCCACCCAAUUAUCUUGACUCCAUACAACAUGCGGUUAGCUUUCGUGAUAAACAUUUUGACUUGGCUGUUUGUAUUUUUCUUCAUCCAUCAUCCUUAUCAUUCACAUGUACAGUGAUUUUGAUUGAUUUCCUUCACAUGUUUGUUUCAAUAAGAAAUGUUGCAAACUUUGGGUCUUUUGGUUUCCCACAGUUUUGAACUUG